CAGAGGAUAUGGCCUUCUUGCUGCCUCUGCCUAUAGUGGUGCAUAAUUUGUGAAAAGGUUCCUGAAAAUUUAGAUAAUUUGCUCCAUCAUUGCCCCCAUUGCAAUGACUUUAAGACAAAAAUUAUUUAUGCAGCCUAAUGUGAGAUUGUGAUGGGAUGUUCCAGUUUCUUGGAAGGUCUUCAUGUGUGAGAGCUAUAGAUUUUUUGGAGGAUAACAGAAGGGAUGAUGUUGGGAGGUUGCGCCUUGAUGACUCUUAUGGGUGCAGUAGAUGGAACAAAUAGGAGGAUCUUCAAGGGAGUUGGGCUUGUGGAGGUUGAUGAUGUACCACUUGCUGAUGUGCCUGAUGUUAUCGAGAAGUAUGAUAUCUGUAUAGUGAAAAGCAUGAAGUUAGAUUUUAAUGUCCUCUCUCGUGCAAAAAAGAUGAAGCUUAUAAUGCAGUAUGGUGUUGGACUGGAAGGCGUUGAAAUUGAUGCUGCGACUAAGUUUGGAAUAAAAGUCGCUAGGAUUCCGAGUCAUGCAACUGGAAAUGCAGCCUCAUGUGCAGAAAUGGCCAUUUAUCUCAUGUUGGGCCUUCUCCGAAAGCAAAAUGAGAUGCAAAUUUCUAUAAAGCAGAGAAAGCUUGGAGACCCAAUUGGUGAAACACUACUUGGAAAAACAGUCUUCAUUUUAGGAUAUGGAAAUAUUGGAAUGGAGUUGGCAAAGCGCUUGAAACCAUUUGGUGUGAAAAUUAUUGCCACAAAACGGAAUUGGAACAUUCAUUCAGAAGAUUCGUGCCAAUCAAAUGCGUUAGGUGACGUGGUUGACGAGAAGGGUGGUCAUGAAGACAUCCAUUCAUUUGCAAGCAAUGCGGACAUUGUUGUUUGUUGUUUGCUUUUAAAUAGUGAAACAGUUAGCAUUGUAAACACGUCAUUUAUAUCAUCGAUGAGAAAGGGUGCCCUUUUAGUAAAUAUAGCCCGAGGGGGUCUCCUGAACUAUGAAGCUGUUCUAUAUUACCUCGAGUCCGGACACUUAGGUGGCUUGGGCAUUGAUGUUGCUUGGACUGAGCCAUUUGAUCCUGAUGAUCCCAUUUUGAAGUUCAAUAAUGUUCUGAUCACACCUCAUGUUGCAGGAGCUACCGAGUAUUCUUUUAGAUCCAUGUCAAAGGUAGUUGGUGAUGUUGGCAUUCAACUUCACGAAGGGAAGCCUUUGACAGGACUGGAGUUUGUCAACUGAUUCAGUUUAGAGAAUUGGCUUGUGACCUAGGUAAUUUGGGGUUAUUUAUCUAUUGUUACAGGGAGGACUUGUAUUUGUAAUUGGAGGGGUUUGUACCUUAAAGUAAUCACCUUUUGGUGAAAUAGAUGAUAAUAAGAUUAGUGUUUAAGGAUAUCUCUAUUUGUGUUUAGCUCAAACUCUAGGUUACUUGACCUAGUGGUGAUAAGGUUACAUUAGAAGGAUUUCGAUUCUUAUUCAUUAUAGAUUUACUUCCCUUGUACGAUUCAGAUUCUAUGCAUUGUAAUCCUCUAUAUAAAGAGGCUCCUAUUAUCAAUAAGAAUAUACAGCAAAUUCCUCUCAA